AUGCGUGCUGUGGCCAACUUUGGUGUUGGCCUCCUGAAACAAUCGAGGAAUUACUGCCCCUGUCCUCUCUUGGCUGCACGGUCUUUCAAGAGCCUUCAGCUCAAUGCUUUGCCUCCUUUCCAUUCGAUUCUGCUCCCCGUAAAAGCGUGCUGCUGUCUCCCUGGCCUGUUCUGUACCUCUGAAGCUCUCGCUGUAGGUGCUGUGAGUGUUGCCUUCUCCUUGCUGCAGGAUGACAAACGCUGUGAGUGGAUUUACCGGGGUUCCACACGCCUCGAGCCCAUGUUCAGCAUGAAAACUUCCACAGCCUCCACCCAAGAAAAGAAGCAAAGUGGACAAGCAAGGACGCGUCCCAAUGUUGGUGCUGUCAGGAGCAAAGGGCCUGUAGUACAAUAUACCCAAGAUUUAACGGGAGCUGGUACCCAGUACAAACCUUUAGAGCAAAUGCAGGCAGCCUCGCUGGCCGCACGGUCCGUUUCUCCGCAGCCUGCUGAGAUGGAGUGCUUCGACAGCCAGCUGGCCCAGUCGAGAAAGCAGGUGGCCAAGAAAAGCACUUCCUUCCGUCCUGGCUCCGUGGGCUCUGGGCAGUCGUCGCCGCCUUCUCCUGUCCUGAGCGAUACACCUCCGGCGGGAAGGACCGGCGCGGCCCAGCAGCAUCGGCUCCCCGGUGGCCAGGCGGGCAGCGGCCCGGCCCACGCCUUCCACGGCAUGAUGGACCGCGUGCCCAACGAGCCCUCGUACCGAGCCCCGCUGGAGAAGCUCUUCUACCUGCCGCACGUCUGCAGCUACACCUGCCUGUCCCGCGUCCGCCCCAUCCGCAACGACCACUACCGCAGCAAGAACCCCCUGCUCAUCCCGCUGCUCUACGACUUCCGACGGAUGACGGCCCGCCGGCGGGUCAACCGCAAGAUGGGCUUCCACGUCCUCUACAAGACGCCGUGCGGGCUGUGCCUGCGAGCCAUGCCGGAGAUCGAGCGCUACCUUUUCGAGACGGACUGCGACUUCCUCUUCCUGGAGAUGUUCUGCCUGGACCCGUACGUGCUGGUGGAUCGCAAGUUCCAGCCCUACAAACCCUACUACUACAUCACGGACAUUACCAAGGGCAGGGAGGACGUGCCGCUGUCCUGCGUCAACGAGAUCGACAACACCCCGCCGCCGCAGGUGGCCUACAGCAAAGAGCGCAUCCCCGGCAAGGGGGUUUACAUCAACACCAGCUGGGAGUUCCUCGUGGGCUGCGACUGCAAAGACGGCUGCAGGGACAAAUCGAAAUGUGCUUGUCACCAGCUGACAGUCCAAGCGACGGGCUGCACCCCGGGCGGGCAGAUCAACCCCAACUCAGGAUACCAGCACAAAAGGCUGGAAGAAUGCCUCCCGACAGGAGUUUACGAGUGUAACAAGAGGUGCAAGUGCAACGUCAACAUGUGCACCAAUCGCUUGGUCCAACACGGGCUCCAAGUCCGCCUGCAGUUAUUCAAGACGCAGAACAAAGGCUGGGGCAUUCGCUGCCUCGAUGAUAUUGCUAAAGGCUCUUUUGUCUGCAUCUACGCAGGGAAAAUCCUCACGGAUGACUUUGCCGACAAAGAGGGGCUAGAGAUGGGCGACGAAUAUUUUGCAAACCUGGAUCACAUCGAGAGCGUGGAGAACUUCAAGGAGGGCUACGAGAGCGACGCAAAAUGCUCUUCCGACAGCAGCGGGGUGGACAUGAAGGAUGAAGAGGAGGAGAACACAGGCACUGAGGAGCAGGAGGAGUCCAACGAGGACAGCUCCGACGACAACUUCUGCAAGGACGAGGACUUCAGCACCAGCUCGGUGUGGCGCAGCUAUGCCACGCGACGGCAGACCCGGGGCCAGAAGGAGAACGGGCUCUCGGAGACGGCCUCCAAGGACUCGGGGCUCACCCGGCAAAUCAGCCACGAGGAGACGGCGGCGGGCGCCCCCUGUAAGCUGCCGGUGUCGGAGGAGACCUCCAAGAACAAAGUGGCCUCGUGGCUGAGCUCCAACAGCAUGUCCGACGGCUUCCAGGACAAUGACAGCGCCUCCUCCUUCAAGAUGAGCGAAGGCAGCGAAGCCAAGGCCGGCAAAGGGGAGCUCCCUGGGGAGAGAGAGAAAGCCUGUGCCUCUGCCCCGGGCGACCUGGACGGAGAGCCAAAGGCAUCGAAGAAAGAUGAAACUGAAGAUGUAACCAAAAUUCCUGGGCUCAGCGACUUGGGGCGGAUGUACGGCUACAACCCCAGCCCUCCCAAGCUGGAGGGGAUCCGCAGGCCCACGAGCAAGACCGCCCUGCUGCAGAGCCGACGGCAUUCCCUGGCCCUGCAGCCCCCCACGGACGACGUGCUGACGCUGUCGAGCAGCACGGACAGUGAGGGGGAGACCGGGCAGGCGGCGGCGGGGCAGGCCCAGGGCACCACCAACGACAGCGACGACAUCCAGACCAUUUCCUCGGGCUCCGAGGAGGAGGAAGGGGACGACAAGAAAAACCCCUCGUCUGGGUCAGGUCCUGUGAAGAGGCAGGUGGCGGUGAAAUCCACCCGCGGCUUCGCCCUGAAAUCCACUCACGGGAUCGCCAUCAAAUCCACCAACCUGGCCGCGGCCGACAAGGGCGAGAGCGCGCCCGUGCGCCGGACCACCCGCCAGUUCUACGACGGAGAGGAGUCCUGUUACAUCAUCGACGCCAAGCUGGAGGGGAACCUGGGCCGGUACCUCAACCACAGCUGCAGUCCCAACCUCUUCGUGCAGAACGUUUUUGUGGACACGCACGACCUCCGCUUCCCCUGGGUCGCCUUCUUCGCCAGCAAGAGGAUACGAGCCGGCACAGAGCUGACGUGGGAUUACAACUACGAAGUGGGCAGCGUGGAAGGCAAAGAGCUGCUGUGCUGCUGCGGGGCUGUCGAGUGCCGGGGGCGGCUGCUCUGAGCCCCUCGCCCCCAGGCCCGCGGCCGACUCGCCCCUUGUGAGGGUGAAGGUUCUUCUCGAGAGGUGGUUGUUUAAGAGUGACCGUUACGAAGCCGAGGACGGAGGCUUCGAGUUCUCCUGUUCACUUGAAAAUUACAGCGGCAGACGGACGGGGAGCAGAACCGUGACCUGGACGGCUCGGGGGGGGGGGGGGGGGUGACCCCCAAACCUGGCGCUGAGCUUUGCUUCUACCCCAUCCCCGGGGGGACGGUCCCUCCCCCGGUGCCGCGGGAAGGGCCGGUGGCCGAGCCCUCACCUGCCUGAGCUGGGGCCAAGCUGCAGUUCCUGCCCUGUGCCGGCUCGCCCGCCCUGACGGGUUUCCAGCAGAAAACGCUUCACCCAGGUUCCAGGGAACCGGGCGGGAGCGAGGGUGGAAAUAAAGCUUGGUCCACUCUUAGAGCCACGAUGGGAAUUUAAGAGAAACAAAAGCAGUCUUCAACCGUGACAUGUUGUAAAGAAUCUUUUCAUUGUUAAAAAGCAAUAAAGUAUGUUUUUCUAUUUAAAAAAAAA